GUCAUUGACGAUCGAAAGAAAUUUAGAGAGAUGGGGAGGUCUGUGUCGGAGUUCGAGUGCAAUAAGCACCAGCAUCACCAGCAGCUUCAUGGGGUUUGCCCGUCUUGUUUGAGGGAGAAGUUGUCUCAUCUCUGUUUCGCUUCCAAUAGAGAGAUCGCUAGAGUCAUUCCUUCUUGCUCUUCCUCGGUUUCUUACUCGUCGGUUUACUCGUCGCCAGAUCGACGUAGGGGUCAUCAGCGGAAGGGUUCCGAAAUGAUGGGGUUUGUUUCUUAUACGUUGGGUGUUGGGAAUUUUAGUUUGAGGAAGAGCAGAUCCAUGGCUUUUCCGCAUGGGAAUUUCGGUGGGGAGGUUGGGAAUGAGAAGAAGAAAAAAGGGUUCUGGGCGAAGUUGCUUGGAUUGAAGGGGAAGAAGGAGGUUCUUAUGCAUUCCAAGACUAUAAGGGAGAGGUAUUAUUAGAUUGAUUAAGUAGUAGUGAACUUUAGAUGAUGAGGUUUUGGAAGUUAGAAAAUAAGUUGUGCAUAGUUUUUGGUUUUAGAGGAUGAACUGCUUGUGCAUAUUUUGUUUAGAGGAGGGUCUACUGCACUUCUUUUAAUUAUUAAUAAAGAGAUGAGCAAACUACACUCUAGUUUUCUAGUUGUUAUAUUGGGAUUGGUUUGAAUAUCAUGUCAUGUUUAACCAUCUUCUACCACUGUAUUGUGAAUUCUU